AUGGUAGCGCCAACGCCACCGCGGCCGCAUGCGCAGCAGGAGGAGUCGGGCACGGUUGCAGGCCCUACACUGACGUCGCGGGCACUGGUCGACAUGCGUCCGGCCGGUCUGCCGUCAGACCAGAUCCAACGGUCGGCUGUGGUGUUUAUGGACUCGGGCUCGUCGUCGGGCUCGCCGCCACUGCGGCGGCGUCAAAGGCCCCGGGCUCGCCAGGCCCAGGCCGGGCCGCGGAAAGAGCGUAGCGGGAGCUCGGCCUCGGGCUCGCCCGGCCCGCUCCCGCCGCCGGGCUACAAGACCUUCUACUUUUCGCUCGAGCCGCCGCAGGUCGUCCACCGCGACGCCUCGCCGCAUGUGCCAGAGACGCUGGUACGGACCAGGGUGCGCAAGCGGGUCAAGACCCGCCGCAGAGUCGAACCGCAAGUCUCCGCGCCGCCUGCCACUCCGCCGCCCGCCAACAACGGCAACGCCACCGCGUCCGGCUCAAACUCGGAUUCACCGUCCGGUAAGCUCUCUAUCGAAGAUCUCGAGCCGUUUCUGCACGCUCGCCUGCCUGUGCCGUCGGCGCCGCACGCGCAGGACGAUCUCUAUCCGCACCUGCUCGGGCUCGACCGCGAGAUCCUCUUCCGCAUCCUCCACUCGCUUGGAGUCCGGGAUCUGGAGGCCUUGGCACUCACCUGCCUCCCUCUCAAUCUGUUUAUCACCCAGCAUGCGCCGCUGUGGCGAGUCAAGGCCCAUGCCCUCGAUCGCGCGCUAGACGAUGCGACUCGGCCACCGGCGCCGCCGACUCAUGCGCCGCCGUCGCACGCCGACUUGCUAUCGGGCUCGCAGUCUGGAACGCCGACGUCAGACUCGGGCUCGGACGAGUACGACUACUCGGGAUAUGACGAGUACGACGAGCCGGAUUCGGACGGGCUGCUCUCGCCCAAAGCUGCCGCCGCUCUCCAGAUCCGUGAGCUGAAGACCCAAGUCCAGCAGCUACAAGCUGACCUCGUCGUCGAGCGGACGGCUCGCGAACAUGCUGUAAGCCGACUUGAGGCCAGUGGCGCGCAGAGCGGCGAUAGCGAUGACGCGCAAGCCGUCGCUGUCGCUCGCACCGCGGAGUUGGAGGCCAAGGUCGAGGCCAUGCACUCUGCUGCCGAGGAGCGGGACCAGCGGUUGCUGGCGCUUGCGUCACAGCUGGGCGCGGCAAAGCGGGUUGCGCGUGAGCUCGAGGCCGAGCUUGUCGCCGCCAAUGAGGCUGCUGCCGCUCGCGAGGCUGAGUUAGUUGCCCAGCUCGAGGCCGAGCGCAAUGGCCGUGCCCGCGCAGUUGCUGUUGCCGCCGCCACCGCUGAAGCUGCUGCUGCCGAUGAGGAGCACCUGUCGGCAACGCUUGAUGAGCGGCUUUCGGCGGCACACCGGGCGAGGCUGAAUGCCGAGGACGCAGCGGCGAGUGCAGAGGCCGAGGCAGCUGCCAGCCGUGCCGACGCUGACGCGGCCCGCGAGGCAGCGGCGCGGCUGACACAGGAAGCCACGGUCCGCGACAGCCAGCUGGCAUCGCUCCGCCGCAUGAACACGGAGCUCGAAGCUGUGCUCGUCGAGAUGAGCGGCGACGCCGGAGGCCUGGGGCCGCGCGAUGUGGCGGUCCUCCGGUCGUCGGUGGCUUCGCUCCGGGCGGCGCACAGCGAGCUGAGCGCUGAUGCUCAGGAGCUUGCUGCGUUGCACGCUGAGGCUCUGGCGCAAAUGGGUGCAUCGCUCGGGGCGCUGGCAGCAUCACACGACAACGAGCUGGUCAGCCUCCGAUCGUCCCUCGCCUCGCUGGUUGAGCUCGUUGAUGUCAACGAUGGUGCCAGCAGCAGGCCAGGCUCGCCGUCUCCGGCCAACUCGGAGGCUGUACGGGCGAUGAUGGUCAUUGCCCAGCUCGAAGAGCGCAACGAGCGGCUGGAAGCCGAGCUAGAGGCCUCGCGCCUGCUUGUCUCGCAGCACAUGGCGCAUCUGGAGAGCCAGAACGCAGCGCAGGCUGUUGAUCAAGAGCGGCUGGUCGCUCUAGCAGCGCGUCUCGCCGAGCUCGAGGCCGAACUCGAAGAGACAUCGGUGGCGCUGGCGGCCGAGACCCAACGGUGCGUGGCGCUAGAAAACUCGUCGACCUCGUCGCAGCUGGCGGCGUCGUACUCGCUACUCCAGGAGCAAAACGAGGCGCUGGAGAACGAGCACGCACUGGUGGUGAGAGAGCUUCAGGCCGAACGCUCGGCUGCAGCCACGUUGAGCGAAGAGCUCGUCGCGCUCCGCACCCGUGCCGAGACUGCCGAGGAGGCGGUGUCACGCGAGCAAGCCGCUCGCACCACUGCCGCCAACGAGGCCGAGAUGGAGCUGGGCGCGGCCCGGGUUCGCAUUGCGGAGCUGGAGGAUCUUGCUGCCGAGUUGCCUGCGCUCCGCGAGGCCGCAGUCAAGGUUAUUGAGCUGGAGACCCAAGUGCUCGAGGUCGAGGCUGAGGUUGAGGCCAAAGCGGCCAAAGCCAGCGAGUACAAGACCAAGCUCAAGGCCAAGAAGAAGGAGGUCAAGGCGCUGGACAAGGAACUCGCCGAGCUUCGCGAGCAGCACGCGCUCGAGUCUGAAGAGCACGUUGCGGCGUUGGCAGCGGCGCAACAGGCCGCCGAGCAGCGGGCCGCCGCCGCCGAGGCUGCCGCCGCUGCCGAGCGUGAGUCGGGCAAGGCCGCAGCGGCCGCGGCGCUCGUCGACCACAUGGUGGAGAUGGCGGCGGCGCAGGCGGCGGCGAGCGAGAUGCAAGCCGCAGCGGUGGCGACCGCAGUGGCCGAGGGCGAGGCCGCUGUUGCCGCAAUCCGCGAUGAGCUCCUCCUCUCGCAGUCGAUGCUGAUGACCGCCGAGAGCAACGGGCGGGAAGAAGGCGAGGCGACAGCGGCAGCGACGGUGGCCGCGCUUCGGACUGAGGUCUUUGAGCUGGCGCGCGAGGCCGAUGCGCUGCGUGCAGAGCGGACCAAGGCCGAGGCCGAGGUGGUCACUGUUGGCAAGACCGUGGUCGAGCUGCGGGAGCAGGUGGCGAUGAUGCACAAGGAGCUCAUUGCGCUCAGCGAUGCUGCCGAGGCCGCCGAAGCCAGCAAGGCCGAGGCCGAGCGGCUGCUCUCGGUCCGCAACGACGAGGUGGCCGACAAGGUGGCCGAGCUCGAGACGGCAUCGCAGCUCAUGGAUCAGCUCCGUGAGCGGCUGGUGGGCACUGUGGCCAAGUCGCGCGAGAUGGAGAGCGCGCUGCGGGACGUCGACCAUGAGCGGACCGCACUGCGGCAGCGGGCGGCGGAGCUGGAUGCCAAGCUGGCAGAAGAGCGGGCGUCGGCGACAUGCCCGUCCGCCCGUGAAGAGGCGCUGGCGGCCGAGCUCAUCCAGACCAAGAAGGCGCUGGCGAGCCGGCUGCAGCAGCUCGGCGAGGCGCGGUCAAAGGUCGUCCGCCUCUCGAAGAGGGUGAGCGACGGCGAGGCGGCCGCAACAGCGAGGGAGGCCCAUCUUGAGUCCUCGGUCUCGGCGCUGAGCCACGAGCGUGACCGGCUGGCGAGCGCAUGCGCCGAGUCGGCGCGCAAGAUGACGAGCCUUCAGGCGCGGAUCGACGAGCUGGAGGUUGUCGUCGGGUCGGGCCAGCUGGCGUCGAGCGCUCGGAUGAGCGAGCAGCUUCGCGCUGAGGCCGAGGCGCGUCAGGCGGCCGAGGCUGCGCUGGACAGCGCGCAGGCCGAGCUGGCACAUGUGCAAGCAGAGGCGCGGGAGGCGCGGGAGUUGCGCCGCGAAGUUGCGCUGCGCGAGGAGCAGCUCCAGCGGGCGACGGCACUGCUCAACGCAUCGCGCUCGCCGAGCCCCGUCCAGCGGGUCCGCACCGGCGACCGGCACGGUCACGGCGUGAGCACCGACGACGAGAAGCGGCUUGUGCUCUCGUACGCGCGGUACCAGGACACACUGGCCGACGGGCUGGUCGGUGACGGCUCCGAGUCAGUGGCACUCAUGGUGCGCCGGCUGCACGAGCUCGGAUGGACCCGUCCCCAGCUCGAAGUUGUCCACGCGCUUGCCGCCGAUGCCGGCAUGCUCGGCGACGCCGACUCGCCCGGAGAGACGGAAGACAUGGUGGUGUACGGCUUUGCCAUGCACGACGUGGAGAGUGGUAUGCCUGUGGCCUGGCAGUUCUACACGCCCGAGGGCAACAACGAGCACGCGCCCGAGCGCCUUCGCUACCUCACGGCCCGAGUCACAGGCGCCGUCCGCUUCGACCUCGCCUGCGCUGCCUUUGACGCCGGCGCUGAGCUGGGCGAUGGUGCUGCGAGCGGCGCAGGCGGCGCGGGCGGUGCGGGCGUAGGCGAUGGCGGCGGCCCGAGCGGAGCUGGCGAUGGCGGGGGCAACGCGGGUGGGAGCGCCGUGGGCGGGAGCGGUGGCGGCGGCGGCGGCGACGACGGCGACGGUGGAGGCGGGAGCGGCGCGGGAGGGGCAAGUGGAGGUCAGGGGCUGGAUCGGCGAGUGAUCGACGUGGUAGCACGCGGGGCAGGCCAGCUGGGCGCACUGGGCGCGGUGAGCGAGGGUGACGUCGACGCGGUCAUGGGCGCGACGGGCCCGUUGAAGCUGGUCGGCGUCUCGUCGGGCGGCUUUCGGCUCGGCGGCGACGGGAGGCUGGUGCCGGCGGACGCCGUGGUGGUGUGGCGGCGAGUCAACAAGGUGGCGUUCUCGCUGGUGGUCUUUGCCGACGAGAACAUGCGUGCGGCAACGACGUUCCUCCGCACCUUUUCGCUCAUCCUCGCCGAGCACUUUAAGAGCGACAAGCUGACCGAGACGCCGGCGGAGCUGCUUGCCCGGCCGGAUGAGGUCCUGACGCUUCUGAUGUACCAGCUGCCGUGUGGCCAGCUGAUGACGACGACAGUGCACACGGCGCGGCACCUCAAGAAGGAGGCCGAGUUUCUGCUCAACGCCGGCGGCAAGUGAGAAGCGCUGCGUCAGGCACGCUCCCGCUCAAAGGUGAUGAGGGUCUUGCCGGGGCCGGAGCCGGUCGAGGCGUCGAGCGUGCGGAAGGCGGCGACGACGGCGUCAAGGGCGGCGCGCUCAGCGGACGAGGCUGAUGGUGGGCUUUCAGUCGGCGACGCGUCGGGUAUGCUCUCAAAGGGGCCAAAUGUAAAGAGGGAGUCCGUGG